AUGUCAGACCGCGGCUCACCAGGGCCUCGUCGGUCGCCGCCGGCGCGGGACGAACAAGGCUCCCCGCCACGCCGCACAAAGGAGCGCAGCAGAAGUCGGAGCCGUUCACCACCCCGCCGAGACAGACGAGACUUCGACGAUAGGCGUGAUCGGCGAGGCGGAGAUUCGUACCGCAGCGGAGGAGACUCAUAUCGCGGCGGCGACAGAUACAGAGGAGGAGAUCGCGAUAGAGGCGCUGACAACAGAGAUCGAGAUCAAGACAGGGAGAGGGAUCGCUACCGAGACCAGGACAGAGACCGCCCACGCAAACCUAAGGGAGGCGGCGGCGGCUUCAAGUGGAAGCAGAAGAACUCAGGAGGCGACCGGGAGGAGGAUAAUUCGCGCGGUGGUCGUGUAGGAGGAUAUCGCAAUCGAUCACCGAGACGGCAUCCCGACCGCGAGGAGCGUGCUGGUGCGGAUAGCUCAAGCUCGUCAAAGCCCAAGAAGGACAAGGAGAGCAAGCCGGCGCCUGUAGCCACGGACGGCGAGGAGAUGAUCAUCGUGCACGUCAACGAUCGACUGGGUACGAAAGCGGCCAUUCCCUGUUUUGCGUCAGACAAGAUCCGUGAGUUCAAGAUCAUGGUGGCGGCCCGCAUUGGUCGUGAACCACAUGAGAUCCUCUUAAAGAGGCAGGGCGAGCGGCCUUUCAAAGACCAUUUGGCACUUGAAGAUUAUGGUAUAAGCAAUGGGGUGCAGAUUGAUUUGGAGGUCGAUACUGGAGAUUAA